GAGCUUGUUUCACUAAUUUAACCGACGGCAUCGAAAGCGCACCUUUAAACUAGAAAGCUUUUCACUCUACACGUUAUCGGACAACUUUUUAGAAAACCUGUGUGAAAAGAAUAUCCAGAGAGGAUUCACAACAAAUGGGGCCCUUUUGGUUCGUUGAGUUGGGCGUUUUAAUAUUUUUUCUCCAGACCUCAUGGUCAUUUGAAGAGUCAACAUGUCUACCUGGCUUCGACUCAGACCUGUACAUUUUCAAAGUGGAAAGAAACCACUUACAAAGUGGCCGGAGACUAGGGAAAGUGGUUUUUGAUGACUGCACCAGCCGAACCAGUUUUCUCUUUCAUUCCGACGACUCACGCUUCAAAGUAGAUGGAGACGGGACCCUGAAACUGAAGAGGGGAGUGACUCUUCAUAAUGGAUAUAAGCUGUUACAUGUCUCUGUCCACUCCAUGGGCAAGAAGGUCACAGUUCCAGUGAGAGUGUUGCAUGAGGCCAAACGCCACCACCAUGACGAGAUGACCACCCAGCCACAGUUAGGAUACAGUGGAUCUGUACCUGUGCUAGAGUUUCCCAAUUCUUCAGGGGGUUUGAGAAGAAGGAAGAGGGACUGGGUUAUUCCCCCAAUUAACUUCCCAGAGAACGAUAAAGGCCCUUUCCCCAAAAAGGUGGUGCAGAUCAAGUCUAAUAAUAAAGAGGUGAAGAUCACUUACUUGAUCACUGGCCCAGGGGCAGAUGCACCCCCUAAGGGGCUCUUCACUGUGGACAAGAAUUCUGGGACCCUCUAUGUGAAUGCGCCUUUGGACAGGGAGAAACAAGACCAGUAUGUGCUCUUUGCAGAAGCUCUAGUAGCAGAUUCAGAACUUAAGGCUGAGGACCCUAUGGAGAUCAUUGUAAAAGUCAUUGACCAGAACGACAACAAACCUGUGUUUAUCAAAAAUCCAUUUAUGGGAGAAGUUACGGAGUCUUCACCAAUAGGUGAGGUGUUCAUGACAGUAAAUGCCACGGAUGAUGAUGAGCUGGGCAAUGCCAAUUCUGAUCUCAAGUACAGCAUUAUUCGUCAGGAUCCUGAACUGCCAGGACCCAACAUGUUUUUCAUCAACUCUGUAACUGGAGGGAUUCAGGUUGCCAGAGCUGGGUUGGACCGAGAGAAAAAUCCCAAAUAUACUUUGGAAAUCCAAGCUGCUGAUCUAAAUGGAGAUGGAUACACUACCACCUCCACAGUAAUUAUUACGAUAGCAGACAGCAAUGACAAUGCUCCACAGUUCACAGAGCCUUCGUACACUGCGUCCGUUCCAGAGAACCAAGCUGACGUCGAAGUUGUGACCAUGACAGCGACUGACGCAGAUGAUCCAGACACUUCUGCCUGGGCCACCGUCUACAAGAUAAUUGAGGGGGACCCUGAUAAGGCUUUUGCUGUACGCGCAGGCCCUAGCAAGCAGGAGGGUAUCAUUUACACUGCCAAGCCCCUUGAUUUUGAGAAGAAGAGCAAGUAUAACCUGUUGGUGACUGUGGAGAAUGAAAUCCCUUUUGUCGGCAUCCUGCGCACCUCCACCGCUACCGUUACAGUGAAUGUGGAGGAUGUGAAUGAAGCUCCAAUUUUCAGCCCGGUGACGAAGACCAUUACCAAACCAGAGGAUCUCCCUCUGAACAGUACUGUGGUUGUGUACACCGCCACGGACCCAGACACGGCAAGGAAACAGACAGUCACGUACAAGAUCCGUAAAGAUGAUGCUGGAUGGUUCAGUAUCAACAAAGACACUGGAAUGAUUAGAGUGAAGAGCACCAUGGACAGAGAAUCUAAUUUUGUUGUAGACAACAAGUACACUGUUACUGUACUGGGUAUUGACAAUGAUGACACCCCUGCAACAGGCACUGGCACCCUGAUUAUUCAGCUGGAAGAUGUGAAUGACAACGCCCCAGUCAUCUACGAACGUGAGAUCAGUGUCUGCAACAGGGAGUCCUCCGAAAAACACCUGGCAGUCACAGAUCAAGACGAAGGGAGCAAUGGUGCCCCAUUCUCUGUACAGCUUCAGGGGCAGUCCAAUUCCAACUGGACUGCCAAAAUGAAUGCAACAAAGACUGGUAUUAUCUUGAAACUGAGGACCUUAUUGGACAGUGGAGUUUACAAUGUUGUCCUGAGAGUGACCGACAACCUUGGCAUGUAUCAGGACAGCAUCAUCCAGGCGACGGUGUGUGAUUGCACAGGAGAUGACGUCCAGUGCAACGAUAAAGCUGUGGCUGGCGUCGGCCUUUCUGCCAUUCUGGGAAUUCUAGGAGCUGUCCUGCUACUCCUACUGUUGGCUCUUCUCCUGCUCAUGUUCAUGAGGCGAAGAGGUGGGGAGAAGAAGGAGCCUCUGCUACCAGAGGAUGAUGUCAGGGACAACAUCUACUACUAUGAUGAAGAGGGAGGUGGAGAGGAUGACCAGGACUAUGACUUGAGCGUUCUGCACAGAGGACUGGAUAACCGCCCUGAUGUUUACCGGAAUGACAUUGCCCCGACUAUGCCCCGACCCGCGUAUCGCCCCCGGCCAGCCAACCCAGCUGAGAUUGGAAAUUUCAUUGAAGAUAACCUAAAGGCGGCUGAUAACGACCCCACAGCUCCUCCCUAUGACUCCCUCCUGGUUUUUGACUAUGAAGGUGGUGGCUCUGAGGCUGGCUCCCUGAGCUCUCUCAACUCCUCCAGCUCAGGAGACGACCAGGACUAUGAUGUCUUUCAAGACUGGGGCCCGCGCUUUAAAAAGCUGGCUGACAUGUACGGAGGAGGAGAGGAUUGAGAAGUCGGUCUCAAAACCUUUUUUGCUCUGCAAGUAUCCGGCUUUCAACAGUUGGAUGUCUGGAAUGAACGCUUUCUAUUUCCCUUUUUGAAGUGUUUUUGGCACAUCCGGUUUGGAAAUUUGAUUUGUGCAGACGUAAAAUUUUAGAAAAAUGUGUUCAUUGUCUUUAGCAUGGGGUCGGUGGCACUUGGCCUUGCUUUAGCAGGAGGCUAACAUGGACUUUACAUGGUUACUCCUGCUGCCUAAUGGACUCAAACAACUUACAUAUUGUACUUGAGUGUAAUAUUAUUUUGAUUUGUUUUUGCUUCUGUUUGAGCCAUGUCAUGAACGUAAUUUCUUUCAAACUAUAGCAUGAAAUUAAGUUUUGCUUUGAUAUUCCAAUGAUUUUUUUUCAUGCUCAAUAAAUGCUUUUAAAUGUGUAAACAUCUAAGUUUGAGUUGAAUUUUAAGUAUCAAAACAACCUUUUUAACCGUUUUAUUAUUUUUGGUUCUAAAGAAGCAUAUUUGUGAAUUUUCUUUUUAUAAUGGAUAUCUUAUUGGUACAAUAACAAUGUAUGUGAAUAGUUUUAUUAAAUAAAUCAACCAAAAAA